UUAGGGUUUCGAACAAGGCAAGCGAAGCUCGAGCUCGAAGUCCUCUUUCGUCGUCCUCGCAGCGUCGUCGCUUCCCUCGGAGCUCCCCCCUUGCGCUUGACGUCUGCCCUCUCUUCGUCGUCCUGCCGCCAUGGAUUCCGCCGUGAAGCUUGCUAUUGUCAUGAAGGUGAUUGGCCGCACCGGGUCCCGAGGUCAGGUGACCCAAGUGCGUGUGAAGUUUCUGGAUGAUCAAAACCGACUUAUCAUGCGCAACGUGAAGGGGCCAGUGCGUGAAGGUGAUAUCCUGACUCUUCUAGAGUCUGAGAGAGAGGCAAGGAGGCUUCGGUGAAAAACCCGAAACUAGCGGUUUCCUAGCCUGAUCUUACUGUAUGCAACCGGAAUACUAGGAUGCAUGGUUUUACUGCAUUACUAGUAUUUUGAUGGCUGAUGUUUAGUAUUUUAAUGAGACGAAACAGGAGUCUGAUGUCUCCAAGCAUAUUAAUUGCGCACUAGACCUUAUCUUACGCUCAGUUCUAUGUGAUUACAAUUCAGUUCUGCUUGUAUUUGUGGGUGUUGACUUUGUAUGCAAUGCCUCAGAAGCCAUUUGGCGAAACAGGGUCCUUUUCCUUGUA